AUGAUGGCAACCGAAGAAGACGAACGUUCCAUCGAUUUCGGUGGUGAAAAUCAAGAAGAUGACUUUCUACCAUCCGUGCCCCUCGCCGACGAACCGCAUCAUCAACAACAACGACAACGUGGUAUAUACAAUGAAUCGUCGACUGCAAUUGUUACUUCUUCAGAGGUUAUUCAUCCAGCCAACCGACUAAUAUCCGAUGAUGAUUACGUACAACAGUCGGUUCCCAUGCUUGAUGAUGAAGAGGAUGAUUCAUCCAUGAUGAUCCAAUCCUCUCAUCGUGUUGUGAAUUCCGGACCAAGGACAAUCCUCCAUAGUCCUGAACAACAACAACAGUCGCAACAACGGAUGGAAGGAGUGGAAGAAACCUCUUCUCCGAAUGAAGUUGCAAUGCAUCAAGAUGCUUCUGAACAAUUCAUGGCGACGAUGGAAGAAAAAGCGUUUAAAUCAGCAACAACAACAACAAGCCAUACGACCUCAACCUCCCUUCCUCAACCAAUCUCCACCACAACAACAAACGCCACCACCACCCUCACAACAACCAACACAACAACUAGCGAACAUUCUCCCUCCUCCACCACAGCAGCCACUUCCACUGCAGGCCAAUCUCUUGCAACAGCCACCACCAAUGCACAUUCCAUUCAAAACACUUCAUUUGAACAAAAUUUUGCUGAAACAGCAAUAGGAACAUCCUCUAAAUAUUUGGAAGAUGUCGAUGAAUUGGAACGAUUUCAUUUUCUAAAUGCAUUUACCAUGAAAAUGUUUGAAAAUGUCAUGAGGCUGGGAAUUAGUCAAAACAGUAACACAACCCCAUUCGAAUCAGCUCUUUCGGCUUUCCCAAAGUCCUUCCUUAAACAAUAUGAACCAAUUCUUUUAGAUUGCUUCAGUAAGAUGCAACACACCGAACCCAAUCGUUUUAUUGAGGACUUGAAUGAUCUUAUGGCCAAUUAUGGGCUUAAACAAAAAUUGAAUGCUCUCGACCGAACUGUAAAAAUUAAUGACCAUUGGGUGUAUUUUAAGAGGAAUCCUAGUGAAAAUGAGUCGAAGUAUGUGAUUGUGACACCCGAUAUGAAGCAAGAAGAGAAUACAUUACGAAAAAAGAAUUGUCUUGCCCGCUUAAAAAGCCUUCUUGAGACCAAACGACAACUGCUUCAACAAAUGAAUCAUUACAAACAAUUAAUCCAUCAAAUGAAUGAUCAGAUACAGCGAGAAAACUCCCAAUACAUCCGAACCAUUCAGGAGGAUUACAUUCCACACCUAGAACAAUAUAUUUCGCCCUUACACAACAUUGAGAAGAGCUUGGAUAAUUAUUACAGAUCUGACACGAAAAGCCAACCAUCUCAACAAUCGAGCAGUACUGAAAAUUCUGAGAAAAGGUAG